AUGUCAAUUGUAUCAUUUUCAGAUUUACUAUUAAAAUAUAUUGUUAGUUAUAUUGAUGAUAAUGUCGACAGGAUUGUGUUUAGCUUAGUUUGUAAAAGAUGGUUUGAAAAAAGAAAUAAUUUUCUACAUUUCAAAUAUGAUGAUUUCAUUAAACAUAUAUAUGUAGAUCAAAAUAAGAAAACAAAUUUAUCAUCAUUUAAUCAACUAUUAAAACAAACAAACUCUAUACAAUCAAACAUCUUGGAAAUAAAAGAUAAUCUUAAAUUAUUAAAAAUACCAGAGAAUAUAACCGAAAUAAUAAUAGAUCGUACAAUCACAAAAAUAGAAGAUUGGAAAUAUAUGAUUAAACAAUCGAAUGUGAGGUCAAUUAUAUUUGAUUCGACUUUUGUUCAAAAAAUAGAGCCAGGCACUCUUCCUUCCAAUGUAAAAUCGAUUCGUUUCUGUUCCUCUUUAUUUGUCAGUCCAUUGGAACUUGGAUGUCUUCCAGACGGUCUGGAAUCUUUAGAAUUACCGACAACCUAUGAUAAACCAAUACAGCCCGGCGUACUUCCAAACAGUUUGAAACAACUAAACCUCGGAUAUACAAGAUUAAUACCAACCAAUUCAUUACCUGUGAAAGUACGACUUCAAGUCGGUUCAUUGCCACCGAACCUAGAGGAACUACGCCUCAACGUGAUCACUCCCUACCAAAUAGAGAACGUCAAUGUUCUUCCUAAAUCACUGAAAUCUAUUGAUAACUGUCCAAUCAACUGGAUCAAAUAUUACCUAAAAGAACUGCCAUUGAUAGAAUCGGUGGUGAUUUCUGACAACGUACCUAGCGGGUUUCUCACACCAGGAGAUCUACCACCAACCAUUACCAAACUAAUAUUCAGGGGAAACCCUUAUAACAAACUAUCGGUUGGUGUGAUUCCAUCGUCAGUUCGCCACUUGGAUUUGGGUGGAUUCGAAAUUUCACUUGGUAGCAAUGUGUUACCAAAAGAUGCGCACUACGACUAUCUUAAUCUUGGAUUAUACUAUAACAUUCCGAUUUUACCUAAUCAACUGCCACCCAACAUCAAGGAACUCUCGAUGUGCUCAUACAAUCAACGACUAAGUGUUGGAUCACUACCACAUGGAAUUGUCAAGCUUGACAUAACGAUGUGCGAUAUCAGCAAUAUUGAAGUAGAUAGCAUACCUUCUUCUGUUGAGAUUCUAACCAUUGGAAGUAAUUGUGUUUCCAACAACAACAACAACAACAACAACAACAAAAAUAAUAGUAAUAAUAAGAUGUUUCACCCUAUCACUGAAAAUGUUAGAACUCUUAUAUCAAACGUUGAGGCAUUAAGCAAAUGUGAUAUUAAAUACUUACCGAAAACUGUUUUAUCAAUCACAGUGGCUAGUCCCUAUCAAUAUCAAUACGAACUAAAGCGAGUUGGUCCAGAUCACUUCUUAUUUCUGUACAAAAUCGUUAGAAAAAAUUGGUGGCAAGUCGGAAUUCCCUUUUGUUUUUGGUUUCCUAUUGCUUCUCUCGGCUUGAAGAUUUAUCCGUCCUCAUUUGUACUAGUCUUGAUAUGGUUUUUGGUUUUAGUAAGACCGAAUUCUGUAGAUAAAGCAAGAAUUAACAAGGCAAUAGGAGAUGCAGAAGAUAAAUAUGGUAUUUCUUUUAAAUAUAUCCAAAAAUACAUGAAGAAGACUAUUGUCAUUAUAUUGAAAUCAUAUGAUUCCAUUAUUAGAAACACAUAUUUUAGCAAACAUACUCUAUAUGUUAUUGAACAAGUUGAUCUAUAUCAAUAUAAAGAUGUUGCAUAUUAUUAUUUUGAUGAUGUACAAUCUAAAGGUAUUCCAAAGCAUAUAAAUGAAAUUCGAUUUUCAAAUAGCAUGAAUAAAGACAUAUCAGUGUUAAAGUCAACGAUUGAAUCAUCCAAUAUUUGUUCGAUCGUAUUUGGUCAGAGUUAUAAUCAACCAUUUAGGGCUGGUGUUAGCUUACCGAAUGGUAUUAAAUCGAUUAGUUUAGGUAGAGACUAUAAUUCAACUUUAGAGGUUGGAUGUUUUCCUGAGGGAUUGGAAAGAUUGGAAUUGGGAGAGUAUUUCAACCAACCGUUGGAUCCCGGAGUGUUACCAAUCUCUCUAAAGUAUCUAAAGCUCGGCGAUGAAGGCUAUCGUUAUCGAUGCGGAAGCAACUUUAAUAUGCAACUGGAGCCUGGAUCGUUACCACCCAAUCUCGAAGAGUUACACUUUGAUUGUCAAAUGUAUAGCUAUCCUUUGAAAGACGGUACUCUCCCGAAAUCAUUGAAAACAAUCGUCUAUUGUCAAUUGGAGUGGCUAAAAUACUUAAAGACACUGCCAUUGAUCGAUAAUCUCUCGUUCUCUGAUGAUAUUCCUUUGCUUACUCUCAAACCAGGUGAUAUUCCUUCGACUGUCACCAAGCUUUAUUUCCAUCCUCGACCUGUGAUGAGAGUUAAUAAUAAACUAGGUCCGGUUAUUCCACCAUCUGUCAAACAUCUUGAUAUGGGAGGAUCAUCCUAUUCCAUGGUUGAAGAUCCCAGUGUAAACACGCCAAUAUUCUCAAGAGAGACACACUAUGAUUAUUUCAAUCCUGGAGCACGAAUGGAUCAAACAUUCUUCAGUCAUUUCCCGCCGAAUAUCAUUGAGUUGGACUUACGACAAUAUCGCUGGUCAGUGGAACCUCCAGGAGUACUACCUGCUACCAUUAAGAAACUAAGUCUUUCCAAGCCUAUAAAUCCUGAUGCUAUCCCAAAGUCAGUGGAACAUGUUGUACUAAAAGAUAUGACUAUAGGUGUUUUUCCAAAUGACAUUAAAACAGUGGAUGUUGUAACUGGUUACCAACAUAUUUUAGACAAAGGCAUCAACAUAAUACCUAAAUCAGUUAAAAACAUAAAGAUUGUUGGUUCACUAAGAUAUUCGAUUUUAUUAAGAAGGAUAGAUAAUAGUAGCUAUAUCAUUGUUUUAAAGGACAGCGAUCAUCAUAGUAGGAUUGGAAUGAUCACCUCACUCGGUCUAAUGAAAAUACUAAAGGGAAUACACGACAACAAUAGUCAAACCUCUCAAGUGUAA